AAUCCUUUGACCUCUAUACCGGGGGUCACUAAAAACUCAUGGAAACUGCAUGACUUUCACGUUUUACCAUUGUUUACCGGUUUAUGUGUUUUGUUUUGGUUUAUUUAUUUAUUUCUGGGUAUCUCUGUCGAUAGCCGUGUCAUCAAAAUGUACUUAUUGAAAUCGAGAUUGUUAGUUGGAAUGAAGCAGCGACUGUCUUUGUAUGGAAUGCAGAUUAUUCUAAGAAGUUGCAGAACGUUUUCCUCUGCUGUGGUGCCAAAUGAAAAAAUUCGUAAUAUUGGCAUCUCUGCUCAUAUUGAUUCCGGGAAAACUACUUUAACGGAACGAGUGCUUUAUUACACUGGGAGGAUAUCGGAAAUGCAUGAGGUUAAAGGCAAAGAUGGAGUGGGAGCUGUCAUGGAUUCCAUGGAACUAGAACGCCAACGUGGCAUUACAAUACAGUCUGCAGCGACUUAUACCAUGUGGAAAGGAAUGAAUAUUAAUAUUAUUGAUACACCAGGCCAUGUCGAUUUUACAAUUGAAGUAGAAAGAUCUUUGAGAGUCCUUGAUGGAGCAGUCCUGGUGUUAUGUGCGGUUGGUGGUGUCCAGUGCCAAACAAUGACAGUGAACAGACAGAUGAAACGAUACAAUGUCCCCUUUAUUACAUUUAUUAAUAAACUGGAUCGACAAGGAUGUAGUCCGUUCAGAGCUCUUCAGCAAAUGAGAACUAAGCUAAACCACAAUGCAGCUUUUACUCAGAUCCCCAUUGGACUGGAAGGGAACUUCAGUGGUAUCAUAGAUCUCAUUGAAGAGCGGGCCAUAUAUUUUGAUGGAUCAUUUGGCCAGAUUAUCCGUUAUGAAGAUAUUCCUCCGGAAAACAGAAUGGAAGCAAAUGACAGGCGCCAGGAGUUGGUUGAAUGUGUUGCUAAUGCUGAUGAACACCUUGGAGAACUAUUCCUAGAGGAGAAAGUACCCACAGUUGCUGAUCUAAAGGCAGCAAUACGGAGAGCAACAAUAACCAGAUGUUUUACUCCUGUCUUGGUGGGCAGUGCCCUGAAAAACAAAGGAGUACAGCCACUUCUUGAUGCUGUGCUGGAUUACCUCCCAGAUCCAUCUGAGGUUCAUAACUAUGCAAUCUUUAAUGAGGAAGACACUGGAGAAAGUAAGAAGAUACUUAUGAGCUCUGCAAGAGACGACUCUGAGCCUUUUGUGGGUUUGGCCUACAAACUAGAGGCUGGUCGUUUUGGGCAGUUAACAUAUGUUCGGGUUUAUCAGGGUGCAUUAAAGAAAGGUGAAUAUAUCUAUAACAGCAGAACAGCUCGAAAAGUUCGAGUGCAGCGUUUGGUUCGCUUGCAUGCAGACAUGAUGGAAGAUCUCAAGGAAGUCAACAAAGGAGACAUCCUUAGAGGGGGACUGUUCUGAGUUGACUGUGCAGAAUCUGAUUGUUUUGUUGAUAAGGCAAACUCUGGGUUUGACAUAGAAUCAAUCCAUGUUCCCGAUCCUGUGAUAUCUGUUGCAAUAAAACCUACUAACAAGAAUGAUCUGGACAAAUUUUCUAAAGGGAUUAACCGAUUUACAAGAGAAGAUCCCACAUUUAAAGUUCACUAUGAGCCUGAGAGCAGAGAAACUAUUGUAUCUGGAAUGGGAGAACUGCACCUAGAAAUUUAUGCCCAGAGACUGGAGCGUGAAUACAACUGCUCUUGUGUGAUGGGGAAACCAAAAGUGGCAUUUAGAGAAACUAUAUCUUCACCUGUAUCCUUUGGAACCAGUCACAAAAAACAAUCAGGUGGGAGGUCAUUAUUUGGGAAGAACAUACCUACCUAUGAACCUAUGGAUCCAGAAAACUACCUUAAGUUAAAUUUCUUAGAUGAAAGUUUUGGAUCUGACAUCCCUGAACAAUUUCUUCCUUCUGUUGAUAAGGGUUUCCUUGAAGCAUGCGAGAAAGGACCCCUCACUGGUCACAAGAUAUCUGGAGUGCGAUUUGUUCUGGAAGAUGGUGCACAUCAUAUGGUGGAUUCAAAUGAAAUCUCCUUCAUCAGGGCUGGGGAAGGUGCACUAAAACAAGCCAUGGAUAAGGCUAACGUCUGUGUAGUGGAACCCAUCAUGUCUGUGGAAGUAGUUGCACCUGUUGAGUUCCAAGGUGUAGUAAUUGCUGGAAUUAACCGUCGUCAUGGUGUUAUCACUGGCCAAGAUGGAGCUGAAGGAUACUUCAUUCUGUAUGCAGAUGUCCCUUUAAAUGAGAUGUUCGGAUAUUCUACAGAACUUAGAUCAUGUACUGAGGGCAAGGGUGAAUACACAAUGGAGUACUGCAGAUACCAGCCUUGUUUACCAAGUUCACAGGAAGAGCUAAUCAACAAAUAUCUUGAAGCAACAGGCCAACUCCCUGCCAAAAAGGGAAAAGCAAAAAGCUGAAUGUAAAAGCCAAUCUCUCAUUCUUUUGUGAACUGCAUUUCAACUCUAGCUGUGUAAAUCUGUCCCAUAUUUUGAACAUUCUGAGAGAUGGUGCCAUUACUAGUACUAGCUGUGACUGAUGGCACUUUUGAAGAACUAUGAAGGUAUUUCUUACUGCUCUGACCAUUUGUACCAGCACUAAAUUUGCAGGAUGAAUGCUUCCAUCAUCAGGAAGGUCUUGUAUGUUCUUACUGAAAUAAGUUCAGCAAGAUUUCUCUCAUCAUUUGUCAAGCAGAGAAGAACUUCCGUCAAAUCAACUUCAUGGCACUAAUAACUUAUUAUGUACAGAACGUUCAUAAACUUUUAUGUAGAUAUUUUAACUCAAACAGCAUACAGAUUUUCAGGAAUUUGAAUGUGUUGCAGUAAUCUGAUGAACACCUAUCUUAAAGCAAUGCCCCUCCUAAUGGACCAGCAUCAUGGCUUCCAGCUGAAUAUAGUCAGUAACUAGAA